GGUGACUGUGUGCAGUGAGGAGACGGUGGAGAGAACAGUCGACUUUAACUACACCUAUGAAUAAUAUCAAACCGCUGAGGUUCAGACUGGAGGAGGAGGUUAGAAAAGGCCGAGAGGUCAAAGGUUACAGCUGUUUUUUUUUUUCCAAAGAAAAUAUUGUCAGCAGCGUUUAAACUAAGCUGUGAAGUGACGUCACAGAGAGUCGACACACUGACAAAGCAGCAGCAGCAGCGGGUGAUGACGAGCCGCUGCAGCAGAACUAUUUUCGACACCUGCCUUCUCCAGUGACUCACUUCACUCACUGUGUACUGUCGCUCUCAGAAACGAGCGUGAAUCAGACGCACAAUUACAGGAUGAGACCAACUGUGUCUCUCCCGGGCUAAUUCCUUCUCUCGCCCGUUGUCUCCCUCCAUUACCCCUCCCACCCUGGGUAAAGGCAGACAGUCUAACAAAAAAGUCAACAGUUCCAGCCUGUCAACUGUCAAUCAAACAAACAGCGUCAUGUGACGAGCAGGAGGAGGAGGAGGCAUGGGCUUCAAAACAGCAGCACCCAGUGCAGGCGGACCAAAAACAAGCCCAGAACCAGGACCAGGAGCAGCAGCAGAUCUCAGAGCAUCAGACAGAAUGCAGUACGCACGUUGUCCCGCCGUCUUCAUCCUCUCAGUGUUGGUUCUGUGGGGUCCGGUCUUGUCUCAGCCCGAAAGAGAGCAGGACCAAUUCCAGAACCAAGAUCUCGACUUGGAGCUUCGUCAUCACAGGCUGCUGCAGAAAGCUCGGAGUGCAGGACUCCUGACCCAGGAGUGGAGUAAACGUGCGGUGGAGGACCUGCUGGCUCAGAUGUCACUUCCUGAAGCGGACACCCAGAGGGAGGUGGAGAUUAGUUCCACAGCAACAGGGGAACGGAUGAACAUGGAGCGUUCCAUUGAACCGUCCAACAACCUGCCCCCGCGUGAACGCAAAGUGGGCUGCAAAAACUUCUACUGGAAAGGCUUCACUUCCUGUUAAUGCAAGGCCGAAAAAACAGAGGAUGAGACCACGUCUCCAUCAAACCGAUCCUAAUUCCUCUGGCCUCACCUGAAUGGACCAAUCAGAAGCUCUGUUGCUCCAGUCAAGCUGAAUAAUUAAUGUAAUUAACAAUUAAAGAUUGAAUCACU